AUGUUGAUGCACCGAUUCGCCCGCUAUGGUCUCUUGACAGCGGUCUUGCUCAUGCUGUUUGUCAUGACAUGGUCUCGCCAUCAUGAUUUUCUGCCAUUAAAUGGACCCAAAUCGGCGCAGGAGAAAUAUCUGGAGGAGCAAAAGUUGUACCCUAGUAACUUCAAGAGUUUCGUGUCCACCCUAGACCGCAUAUCUGCACCAUCGAAUUAUAAUGGCCAUACCAUUGUUGAGGAUCCUCGAGUUCAAGGGAAGGAAAGUACCAAGAUGCCCAAGAUAUAUCGACCAUACCCGGACUAUAACAACCGUCAGUGGCAAGAUACGCAUCGUAGUUUCUUCGUUCCCUGUCAAGGCCCGCGAGGCAAGCUCCUAAAUGACAGCUUGGACGAUCAGGUCGGUGCUUACGUUGGUAUCCCUCAUAAUUUCCCAACUCCCUUGUUCGGUAGCCACGAUGCCGUCGGCCUCGACGGUCAAGUAUCUUUUGACCGCUAUACGAGAUACGGUACCUAUGGCGAGGGUGAAGACGAAAUCUUCGUCAAAAAUUGGAUCAAGCCAUCCAAAGUCGACUGGCCGCAAGUGAAUUGGGCCGAGCUGCAACAGCAGUGCUUUGACAACAACGCUGCCAGAUUCUCCGCAAAGAGUGAUGGUAUGCCCGCAGCAAACCCGCAAAUUGCGCCGGAGUCUCGGGCUGCUAUUCUCAUUCGCACAUAUGCUGGAAAGCAAUAUACCAAGAACGAUAUCUAUGUGAUUCGAUCCAUGAUCACCGAACUUUCACUGCAAUCGGGGGGAGAGUAUGAAGUUUUCCUCCUUCUCCAUGUCAAGGACCCGGAACUUCACAUCGAUCAGGGAGAGGUGUAUCAGAAGGUUUUGCAAGAGAAUGUUCCCGAGGAAUUUAGAAACAUGACUAUUCUUUGGAAUGUGCCAAUGGUAGCUUCCAGGUAUCCGAAUCUUAACCACGACGUUAUUGAUGUUCAUCAUGCACAAUGGCUAUCCAUCCAACAUUUUGCCUUGCAAUAUCCCGGGUUCGACUUCUUAUGGAACUGGGAGGUUGACGCUCGAUUCACUGGCCAUCAUUAUGAAUUCGCCAACAAGAUAGCAGAGUUUGCGCUCAAGCAGCCUCGACGCGGGAUGUGGGAGCGCAACUCGAGAUUUUACGUACCAGGAAUUCACGGCAACUUUGACAAUUCUUUUCGAAACUUUGUGGAGCGCGCUGAGGAAGAAGGGGUUUGGGGUCCGCUACCUAUGCCAUUUGACAACAGGCAGCCACUUGGUCCUUCCCCACCGGUACGCUCUCCGAGUGAAGAUAACUAUCAAUGGGGAGUCGGUGAAGAAGCCGAUUAUAUCGGCUUUCUCCCUAUCUUUCAUCCUAUCGGCACGGACUGGGUCAUUCGAAAUGAAGUCUAUGGUUACAUGGGCGCUGAAACUCCUCGUCGAGCCUCCCUAAUCACGCAUUCCCGCCUCUCAAGGAGGCUGUUGCUCGCAAUGGACGCGGAAAACCUGGUUGGGCGACAUAUGGGGUCGGAGAUGUUCCCAGUAUCCACCGCCUUGCACCACGGGCUCAAAGCUAUCAGUGCACCGCAUCCGAUAUAUUCAGAUCAUGGCAUGCCUGCCCAGAGUGCGGAUAAAUGGUUCAACUCUGGCAUCAAUGGGAGGACAGGAAGCACAAAGAACAGUCCGUUUUCCUGGGGCCGUGAGUCUCGCUUCAAAGACCUAUCGUGGUACUACCGCGCCAAUUUGCCUGGGCGAUUGUAUUGGAAUUUCUUGGGCUGGAGGAAGGAUGGCACUGGGGGGAAACUGUAUGAAGCCUUAUAUGGCCGAGUUUGCCUUCCGUCGAUCCUGUUCCAUCCCAUCAAGGAUGUUCGGCCGGAUGCCGACAGUACGCACUACCAAUUCGACUCCGAGUUGGGAUAUAUUGCUCUUCGUUGA